AUGAUUCUACCAAUUACAAUGUCUUUGGAGAGAAUUUAUGCCACGUGGAAUGCGGAAAAAUAUGAAAAUACCCGACCUUUUCUAGGACCUAUUUUAUUGAUGUUUACGGUAUGUUAUUUGAAAUUAAUGUUUUUGUUAUUAAUUCUUUAUCUCAGAUCUUUAUUGAUAUCAUUUUGAUAUUUAUAGUCUUUCAAAAUGAGGAAUUUGAUGAGCCAUUUGUUUCGUAUAUUUUAACGCCUUCAACAAGUUCAAAAAGAAUGAAUUUAUUUUAUUUAUUCUUGUUGUUAAUUGGAAUUCUGAAUUUGAUACUAUCAUUUUUUGUCUACAAAUUCAAUUCUUCUCUAAUGUCAAAAUGUAAUAAUGACUCAUUAUCAAAAAAAUAUGAAGUGAAUGAAAUUAUAUUUUCAACUCAAAUCACAAUAUCUAUCAUAUUUCUGCAUGUAUUGUUUAUUGGAAUAUAUUUGACUAUUAUAAUUGUGAUAAGAUUACUUGGACAAUCGUAUUUCGAACUUUCUUAUACAAAUUAUAUGGCUGCGAGGGGAAUAUUUAUUGUAAGUCGAAUUUCAGCUUAACUAUUAACCAGUUCAAAAAUUAUUUAACAGACAAUUCCAAUCUACAAUAUGAUUGUGGGAAUUGUUGCUAAUUGGGUUAUACGAAUAUUAAGAGCUAGAAAAACAGCGAAAAUUCGAUCAAAUGUUCAAAUUAUUUAUUCUGGUGAUCAGGGAGCUCAGAAUCACAAUGAUGUUAUUUUUUCAAUGUGGAACGAAAUAUCUGGGCCAGCAUAACAAGAAAUUAAUUAUAUAUUUUUCGCACGAAAUAAAAAUAAAAACAAAUAAUUCAUGUUCCCUCUAACUGCGCUUGCAGAAAUGCGUCAAUCGUGUUGUGGCUUGGCGUCAUAUUUUUAAUUUUUUCGAAAAUUUAUUUUAUUUCGAUUCAAAAUUAAGGACUAGAUUUUUGGGCCUGGAUUUUGAUCAGUUAGCCUAACUUUUUUCAAUUUUUUAUCGAUUUUUUCAAUUUUUCCCGAAAUCCCUCCCCAAAAAACUCACCAAUCGCUUCUAUUUCUCAAAGCACACAAAAAUCAUCGAAAAUGCCAAUCAAAAUCCGAAAUCCUCCAAGUGUUUUACGUUAUUGACAUUUAAGUCCAAUUGUCCAUUAAUAUUGCAAGCUGAAAAUCAGAAAUUUUGAAUUUUUCAUGUACCAUUGAGUUCUGCUACCUCCAUUUCUAUAGCUUUUUUGAGGGGUUUCUGGAAACCCGGCCCAGCGAAAAAAAAAACGGAAAAUGAAAAUAUUUUCGUGUUGCGCUAAACUGCGGGCAAGCGGAGUGUCGUUGGCAUUUUCGAAAAAAGCAAAUCAAUUUGCGCAAAUACAUUUUUCAAAGCCCUCCUCCAAUCCUCGCACCAACAAGCUAUUCUUGUUUUAAACUUUAUCUGUAUCAUUUUUUCAUUUCAAAACAAAAAUAUAAUUUUCAGAUGAACCAAGUUCCCCUCAUUCGAGUGAGUCGAAAACGAAAUGCUGAUCCACAUGAAGCACUUAUUGUGCAAUGCAAAAAGAUCAAGCAAGCUGAUCCUGUUGUCUAUACGCUUUUCAAAACAAAAGAUUCGCUUGGAAAUGAUGACGUAGAUCUCGAUGGAAUACACGUUGUUGAUUUUCCAGUUUCCGAAGAGGGUUCUUCUUCGAAUCAAAAUCCUCUCGGAUUUGUUGAAAACGCGAUUGGCGAAGUUGGUGAAGCACCAACUACAAGUAGAGCUGUUGAAAGAGAAGCGAUCACAGUAAGUUUUCAUGAAAUAUAUUCAUUGAAUAUGAUUUUUUCAGCUAAAUGGUCAAGUUAUGGUGCCGAUUCCGGUUGCUGCUCCAAUCGCAGCUCCAGAUGCAAAUGAUCUGGUUUUCGAUUACUAUCGUGUAAAUUCAUCAAAUGAUCGCAAUAUCGCUUUGUAUUCUAAUAAAUUCUUGGAGACAAAUGCACUUUCACAAGACGCAUUUGAUGUCAGAUUUGCAAGCCGGUAAGUUGACAAUAAUAAUUCUAGUUUUCAAAAACCAUGUGAUUUUAAUUAUAGGUAUGAAGCUGAUCUUGUUAAUCACGAAUCGGAUGACGAUUCUGACGUUCGAGCUGAUGAUGACGACGACUCAAACGAUGAAGAUAAUUGGAGAAAUGAAUAUCCAGAUGAGGAUUCGUAUGAUGAAAAUGAUAGCGACGACGGGGAUUAUAACUAUUAUGGCGAGUGUCGGUCAGAUGUUCACAAUCACAGAGAAGAUGCGUUUCCUGACGAAUCUAUGCAACGAAGACUUCAGAAGUGAGUUUUUCUGAGAAUUCUCCAGAAAACUUUGGCCCUAAUUGAAUAUCCCAAUUUUCCAGCAUUGCUAUCAGCGAUAGUUAUGACACAUAUUUCGAAGGCGAAGAAACCGAUGACGAAGACGAUAGUUAA